AUGUCCAAGUCGCAGCGGAAGGUCGUGGAGUCAAACUUUUCUGCCCUGCGACACAGUCUCAUCCACGGCGACAUUCCAGAGGCGAUCGCACUCAUGAAGAACGGAGCAUUGCUGCAUGAGGCAGAUUAUGAUGAUCACACGGCACUGGAUCAGGUAUCAAUGAGCGAGAAUCACACUCUGUUCCUGGCAAGAGGAGGGAAAGUCUACAGCUGCGGACGUGGUCUGGGAGGGCGGUUGGGACUAGGCACGGAGGAGAAUCGGCCAGAGCCGAAACUGAUCCCCUGCUUCGAGACGACGCACAAGUGCGUUGUGGUUGCCACCGGCGCUGAUCAUUCUCUAUUUCUCACAGAGAGCAAGAUGAUUUUCAGCUGCGGAAGGAAUGAAUACGGACAGCUGGGAUGUUCUUUGGAUACUACCGAUCGUGUCCUGACUCCAAGAGAGAUACAAGUUUGUGAAGGGCGUGGAUCCAACUCGAUCGAAGGGAUCGCGUGUGGUCCUUUCCAUUCCAUUAUCUAUUCCUCUUCUGUAAUGUACACAUUUGGCAGGAAUGAGGGGCAGUUAGGCCACAAGCGAGGCGAGGAGGUAAUCAAGGAACCCAAGUCGGAGCACCCGAGGAAAUGCUGGGAUAGUAACCAAGAACUAGAUGAAGAGAAUUACGGAUCCCACGUAUCUCAAUCCACAAUGAAAAAGGACAUGGCAUUUCUCCUUGAAAACGCAGAGGAGUUGUCACCAGAUAUCGCUCUGAUUGUGAGAGAUCAGUAUACCAUCUACGUGUUGUUGGAUCCACCAAGAAGCGGAUGGUUCGCCCACGGUGCCUGGUCUAGCUUGGCAGAUAUAACCCUUCUGAGUCGAGACGGGAAGGAAUUCCCAUGUCACAAGUGCAUCCUCAUGGCCCGUUCCGAGUACUUUCGUGUUUUGUUUGACUCCACCUGGCUCGAGGGUCAGGGGAAGGAGAAGGUCCCGUGUGGCACAGAUACGUCGAUUCGACGUGGAACUUAG